AUCGCUAUCAGGCCGAAGAUACAUAAACCGAGCAUCUUGCCCUCCCCUGCUGGUCAUUGCUUGUUUCUUUUAUCAAUACAUUGCUGCCUCAAUUCCUCUGAAUUGGUCGAAAUAAACUCCUUUGGAACGGCGGAAACAGACUCCCUCGGAUUAGUGACAACUCCUUCACAUUGGUGGCAAUACUUCAUCGGAAAAACCCGCACCAAGAAUCACGAAACCAUGUCAUCAGAUGAACCAGUCUUCAAUGCGGCUCGCUAUCCUCACUUGCGCACGACUUUCAUCGAUCGACGCCCGCUGUCUCAGCCCUCCUCACCGUCUUCCUCCACGUCUUUUGACCUUGAUCGCGAAUGGGUCGAAAACAUCAAUCAACUUCAUCUCCUUGUGGAUGUUGUCCUUUUACCUGUACUCGGAAAGUGGCUCGGGCGCAAGUCGGCUUAUUGGAUUUAUACACGCUAUCAACGAUUCGGGUUAGACAUAUUCGCCUACUUUUUCGGCAGAAGAGCAGCCUGAAAUCUAUCAAACUGAGCGAAGCAGCAUGCCUGUUGCGCCGAAUUCUUCAAGCACGGGGACUUCGUUGAACCUGAUAGUCUUCAUGUAGAUAUAGCGCUUAAUGGGCACGACGUGCGGCUAUCUGAGGAGAUCAACCAUCAUGUCCAACGAGUAUUCUGAUAUUUGCUAUCCAUUUUCGCAUUCCGCAGUCAUUCCUUUUAACUUAACAAACCCAUGCCCGGCUUGUAAAUGCCCCUUUUCCCCUCCUGGCUGCUUUCAAUGUAAAAUUCCUCCGAGUGUUCUCCUUCUGUCGGUACCUCAUGCGUAAUGUACCUUCUAUUUGCUGUUAGCUACAAUUGACGUGUAAAGGUUGAAAACCGUUGUGUCAAAUCACCAUUCAUAGCACCCCCAACAAUUCUAUGUGGCCUACAAACCCUCUGUUUGCU